AUGGAUUGGAGUUGGCUCCCCUCCAUGCUACUGGGUGCCGGCUGCGUAGCUUUAGGUUAUUGCAUUGGCUCUCGCCGCCUUGUUUUCGCCAUUCUCCGGCCGAAACUGGGUAACGGUUCCAGUGGUAAGAGCUCCGGCAAACGCAAGUCGAAGGAACCCCUUGAGAUUGAAAAGCUCGCAGAUAUUCUCGAAGACUUCAAAAUGGUUCUGGUCGUUCGGAAUGAUCUUAAGAUGGGAAAAGGCAAAAUCGCCGCACAGUGUAGUCAUGCAACUUUGGGACUUUAUAAGAAACUGCUUAACCGAGGACCAAAGGCUUUGAACAGGUGGGAGAUGUGUGCACAGCCAAAGGUGGUUCUCAAAAUUGACACUGAGGAGGAUAUGCUUCUUUUGCAAGAGAAGGCUAAAUCACUGAAAAUACCUAGCCACAUAACUAUUGAUGCAGGGAGGACUCAGAUAGCCCCAAAUUCUAGGACUGUGAUGGCUCUCCUUGGACCCGUGGAGGUAGUAGAUGAGGUCACAGGAGGUCUAAAGCUGUUGUAG